GGCUGGCUAAGUCCCUCCCGCGCCGGCUCUUGUCCCACUAGGAGAAGCCCAGUGCAGCGGGGACAGGGCGAAGCGGUCUGCGCCCACGGAGCGCACGUCUCUGAUUGCAACGCAGCGCUACCCUUGCCCCCUCGGCUGCCCACUCCAGAAGUCCAACGGCCCCGCGCGCGCACGAUGCCCUCGGCCACCAGCCACAGCGGAAGCGGCAGCAAAUCGUCGGGACCGCCGCCGCCGUCCGGUUCCUCCGGGAGUGAGGCGGCGGCCGGGGCAGCUGCGCCGGCUUCCCAGCAUCCGGCAACCGGCACCGGCGCGGUCCAGACCGAGGCCAUGAAGCAGAUUCUCGGCGUAAUCGACAAGAAACUUCGGAACCUGGAGAAGAAAAAGGGUAAACUUGAUGAUUACCAGGAACGAAUGAAUAAAGGGGAAAGGCUCAACCAAGACCAGCUGGAUGCCGUAUCUAAGUACCAGGAAGUUACAAAUAAUUUGGAAUUUGCAAAGGAAUUACAGAGGAGUUUCAUGGCAUUAAGUCAAGAUAUUCAGAAAACAAUAAAGAAGACAGCACGUCGGGAACAGCUUAUGAGAGAAGAAGCAGAACAGAAGCGCUUAAAAACUGUACUUGAGUUACAGUAUGUGUUGGAUAAGCUGGGAGAUGACGAUGUGAGAACUGAUCUGAAACAAGGUUUGAGUGGAGUGCCAAUACUUUCUGAAGAGGAGUUGUCAUUGUUGGAUGAAUUCUACAAGCUAGUAGACCCUGAGCGUGACAUGAGUUUAAGGCUAAAUGAGCAGUAUGAACACGCCUCCAUUCACUUAUGGGAUCUGCUGGAAGGGAAAGAAAAGCCUGUAUGUGGAACAACCUAUAAAGCUCUAAAGGAAAUCGUUGAGCGUGUUUUUCAGUCAAACUACUUUGACAGCACUCACAAUCAUCAGAAUGGAUUGUGUGAGGAGGAAGAGGCACCUUCAGCACCUAUAGUGGAAGAUCAGGUAGCUGAAACUGAACCUGAGCCAACAGAAGAAUACACAGAGCAAAGUGAGGUUGAAUCAACAGAGUAUGUCAAUAGGCAGUUCAUGGCGGAAACACAGUUCAGCAGUGGUGAGAAGGAGCAAGUGGAUGAGUGGGCAGUUGAAACAGUUGAGGUUGUAAACUCACUCCAGCAGCAGCCCCAGGCUGCGUCUCCUUCAGUACCAGAGCCCCACUCUUUGACUCCCGUGGCCCAGUCAGAUCCACUUGUGAGAAGACAGCGUGUGCAAGAUCUUAUGGCACAAAUGCAGGGGCCCUAUAAUUUCAUACAGGAUUCAAUGUUGGAUUUUGAAAAUCAGACGCUUGAUCCUGCCAUUGUGUCAGCACAACCUAUGAACCCUACCCAAAACAUGGAUAUGCCUCAGCUGGUUUGCCCUCCGGUUCAUUCUGAAUCUAGACUUGCCCAAUCGAAUCAAGUUCCUGUACAACCGGAAGCCACACAGGUUCCUUUGGUUUCAUCCACAAGCGAGGGGUACACAGCAUCUCAACCCUUGUACCAGCCGUCUCAUGCUGCAGAGCAGCGGCCACAAAAGGAGCCAAUUGAUCAGAUUCAGGCAACAAUAUCUUUAAAUACAGACCAGACUACAGCAUCAUCAUCCCUUCCUGCUGCUUCUCAGCCUCAGGUGUUCCAGGCUGGGACAAGUAAACCUUUGCAUAGCAGUGGAAUCAAUGUAAAUGCAGCUCCAUUCCAAUCCAUGCAGACGGUGUUCAAUAUGAAUGCUCCAGUUCCUCCUGUUAACGAACCAGAGACUUUAAAACAACAGAGUCAGUACCAGGCCAGUUAUAACCAGAGUUUUUCCAGUCAGCCGCAUCAAGUGGAACAAACAGAGCUUCAACAAGACCAGCUGCAAACGGUGGUUGGCACUUACCAUGGAUCUCAGGACCAGCCUCAUCAAGUGCCUGGUAACCACCAGCAGCCCCCCCAGCAGAACACUGGCUUUCCACGUAGCAAUCAGCCUUAUUACAACAGUCGUGGUGUGUCUCGAGGAGGGUCUCGAGGUGCCAGAGGCUUGAUGAAUGGUUACAGGGGCCCUGCCAAUGGAUUUAGAGGAGGAUAUGAUGGUUACCGCCCUUCAUUCUCAAACACUCCGAAUAGUGGUUAUACACAAUCUCAGUUCAGUGCUCCCCGGGACUACUCUGGCUACCAGCGGGAUGGAUAUCAGCAGAAUUUCAAGCGAGGCUCUGGGCAGAGUGGACCACGGGGAGCCCCACGAGGUCGUGGAGGGCCCCCAAGACCCAACAGAGGGAUGCCGCAAAUGAACACUCAGCAAGUGAAUUAAUGUGACACACAGGAUUAUGUUAAUCGCCAAAACACACUGGCCAGUGUACCAUAAUAUGUUACCAGAAGAGUUAUUAUCUAUUUGUUCUCCCUUUCAGGAAACUUAUUGUAAAGGGACUGUUUUCAUCCCAUAAAGACAGGACUGCAAUUGUCAGCUUUAUAUUACCUGGAUAUGGAAGGAAACUAUUUUUAUUCUGCAUGUUCUGUCCUAAGCGUCAUCUUGAGCCUUGCACACGAUACUCAGAUUCCUCACCCUUGCUUAGGAGUAAAACAUUAUAUACUUAUGGAGUGAUAGUAUCUCCAUAGUUAGUUGAAGUGGCUUGGAAAAAAAAUGCAAGAUUGACUUUUUGACAUUGGAUAAACUACAAUCAGCCCUAGAAUUAUUUCAGUGGUAAUUGAAGUUAAAGCAUUUUCCUGGAAAGGAAGAUGGAAGGAGUGGAGUGUGGUUUAGCAAAUAACUGCAUUCACAGCUUUUCCCAUUAAAUUGGAGCACCAACAGAUUAAAAGCAUACCAAAUUAUGCACGGGUCCGUAAUCUCACAAGUGAGGCUGGCUACCAGCCUUGACACAGCACUCACUAAUCUUCUGGCCAAACGACUGUGAUUAAAAACACAUGUAAAUUGCUCUUUAGUAGUGGAUACUGUGUAAGACAAAGCCAAAAUGCAAAUCAGGCUUUGAUUGGCUCUUCUGGAAAAUAUGCAUCAAAUAUGGGGUAUAAUCUGGAUGGGCCGCUUAUGUGCUCAAUGUGUGAACUAUUCAGAUAUCUUUUAACACUUUCUCUGAACAAUGACUUACAUGAGGAUUGGUCCUGUUUGUCAUUCCUCAGGAUAAUUGCAUUGUCAUCACUAAUCCUUGGAUCUUGCUGUAUUGUUACUCAAAUUGGUAAUAGGUACUGAUGAAAAUCUAAUGGAUGGAUAAUCAUAACACUUUUGGUCACAUGUUUUUCUCCUGCAGCCUGAAAGUUCUUAAAGAAAAAGAUAUCAAAUGCCUGCUGCUAUCACCCUUUUAAAUUGCUAUCUUUGGAAAAGCACCAGUCUGUGUUUUAGAUUCAUUUCCCUGUUUUAGGGAAACGACAGGCAGUAGUUUCAGUUUUGAUGGUAUAAGCAAAACAAAUAAAACAUGUUUCUAAAAGUUGUAUCUUGAAACACUGGUGUUCAACAGCUAGCAGCUAAAGUGAAUGACCUCAUGCGUUUUUAGUGUCACAGACUUUGUGGUUAUGUCUAGUAGCUGUUUCUGAAGUAUUUUCAUUUAUCUUUUGUCUAAUUUAACCCUAAUUGAAUUCUCUCCUUUUCUCAAGGAGACACUUACGUUAAAGUGUUGAUUCUUUGCCUUAGGUGCAUAGAGAUUAUACAGUUUGGAGAUGGAAAGGCUAGCAGUGUUCUGAGUUGGAAUUUGUGCUAACAGUUUGAGCACUAGCUCUGUGUGCCUAUGAACUGAGUGCUGCUUAUCCCAUUCCAUUUUACGUCAUGGAGAAUUCAUUCCACUUGUUAAAGCAAAGGCUACUUACUAAGUUAAUGUUAUUUUCUGUACAGAAAUUAAAUUUUACUUUUAGCCUUUUGCAAACAUUUUUUUCCCAAGCCGGUAAUCAGCUAUUCAACAAUUAUUCUCAGAUACUCAUCAUUAGACAACUGGAGGUUUUACUGGUUUUGUAGCCUACUAAAACUGCUUAGGCUGUUGAACAUUCCACAUUCAAAAGUUUUGUAGGGUGGUGGAUAAUGGGGAAGCUUCUAAUGUUUAUUUUAAAAUAAAUAAAAUAAGUUCUUGACUUUU